AUGCUCGUCUCGAGGGUGCGUGGCGCCGUCUCUCUUGCGCUGGCGGCGCUCGCCUCGGGAGCGGCGGCGACGGCGACGGCGACGGCCGGCACGACCAGGACCAAGGCCAACCGCGAGGUGCUCAAGCACGGCAGCCCGGAGUCGGUGGGGAUGCUCCCCGGGCCGCUCGAGGACAUGGUGGCCAACCUGACGGGAUUCACGGAGCGGCGCAACUGGGGCGGGCGGUCGUACAACCAGACGGUGCCGAUAGAGCCGGGCGGCACGACGAUUGUGGCCCGGCACGGGACCAUCGUGAGCCACUUUGCGUUCGGGAAGCGGAACGUGUGGGCGGGCGUCGACGGCGCCGAGGGCACGCCGCUGCCGGCGCGGGAGCAGGAGGCGGCGACGACGGACACCAUCUACGACAUGGCCAGCCUGACCAAGGUGUUCACGGCGGCGGCGGCGCUCCGCUGCGUGGACGGCGGCCGGCUGUCGCUCAACGAGAGCGUGGCCCGGUACCUGCCCGAGUUUGCGGCCGGGGGCAAGGGCGGCGUGACGGUGCUGCAGCUCCUCACGCACACGAGCGGGCUGGCGGCGGACCCGGUUCCCGGGCUCUUUGAUCCCAGGUACCCGACGUACGAGUCGAGGGUCAGGGCGAUCGCGGCGCAGGGGCUGCAGCACAGCCCGGGCACGAGGUACCUGUACUCGGACGUCAACUUCAUGGUGCUGGGGCUGGCGCUGCAGAGGGUCACGGGCAGGCGGCUCGACGAGCUCGUCGGGGACGUGACGACGCGGCUGGGCAUGGACAGGACCUUCUUCAACAGGGGCAACGUCGAGGGCCCCCGGCUCGAGCACUACGCGGACAUGGCGGCGCAGGAGUUCCAGCUGGCGGUGCAGGGCGACGUGGCCGGGGAGCCGCGGCGGCCUCAGCCGGUGCGCGGCAGCGUCCACGACGAGAACGCGUGGGCGCUGGGCGGCGUCGCCGGCCACGCCGGGCUCUUCUCCACGGCCAUGGACACGGCGCGCUUCUGCCAGAUGCUGCUGAACAACGGCACGUACGGCGGGCGCCGGAUCCUGUCGCGGGCGUCGGUCGACCUCUUCUUCACCGACUUCCUCGGCGGCCUGGGCGGGCAUCAUCACGCCGUCGGCUUCGAGCUGAACCAGUUCUACACGGCGGGGCCCAUGGCCAACAUGCUGGCCGCGAGCCACACGGGCUUCACCGGCACGUCCAUGGUCGUCGACCGUGCGAGCGGCACCCUGUUUGUGCACCUGAGCAACCGCGUGCACCCGUCGAGGAGAUGGAGCAGCAACAACGGUGUGCGGGAGGCGCUGGGCGCCUGGGUGGCCAGGGCGCUGGGGAGGGACGUUUGA